UUGCUCAGUUACUUUCGUCAUUUCGCAGCGCUCAGUUCAGGAACCAAAAAAUCCAACGCUAUGGCCUCAAAAAAACUUGGCAUAGAGACCGUAAUAGAAAUAUCCAAACACGCAAGCUCUUCCAAAGGAUUUGACAGGGUCUUGAAAAUGAUCAAAAUCACUGGUGGCGGCGAUGGCCACGCCUUAGGAGAGUUCACUGUGGGAACCGAGCACUUGAAUCGACAAGGAACUCUUCAUGGAGGACUAAUCUCCACAAUUGUCGACAACUGCACCUCUUAUGCAUUAAUUUCUAAAGGAUCUCAUCCCGGAGUAACUGCGAAUUUGAGCGUUAGCUUUACUGCCCCCGCGUAUCCUGGGGAACUUAUAGAGAUUGAUUGCAAUACCGUUCGGGCCGGUAAAAAAAUGGCCUAUUUGGAUUGCAUUCUGAGGCGCAAGUCGGAUGGAAAAAUUAUUGCCAAGGGCGGGCAGGUCAAGUACAUUCAAUUCGAUAAGGAAAAGCUGGACUUUUAAAUAAAUUGUAAGAUUCUCUGUAAAAAAUGCGGAAGGACCUUUUAAAUAAACUACUUCAGUCCGCCUUUCGAUAUAUCGAUUGCGUAGAGGCUUAAUCGAGAAAACA